GCAUUUCUGAAGAUCUGUGCCGACCCCUCACAGCCCUCCUCUUUUGUCAUGCGGUAGUUUCCCCAGCUAUUUAAAGGCCACCGGGGCUUAUUUUGCUGAGUCAUAGUUUCACGGAGCUUGAAGGGAAGUUGGCCUGGUUUGCUGGACCCUAGCAAGACUGCAGCAUGGAGUGUGUCAUGACUGCAACUGGACUGAAAAUCCAGCCGGGAGAGGGCCUUGAAGUGAAGGGAAAGAUCUUGCCGGAUGCCAAAGAUUUUGCUGUGAAUCUGGGCAAAGACUGUGACAACCUGGUGCUUCACUUCAAUCCACGCUUUGACAACCAUGGGGAUGUGAACACCAUUGUCUGCAACUCCAAGCAAGACGGGGCCUGGGGAGAGGAGGAACGAGACGCCAGCUUUCCUUUCCAGCAAGGGGAAAAAGCUCAGGUUCUCUCAGCCUGCUCUCCCCAGCCAGGCCAGCAGCUUCACCUCUUGACUCAAGGCAGGGCAGCCAGCCAGUUGCUGAGCCGGCCUCUUGGCAUGCUGGAGCAAUGGUGCCUGCACAGUCUCCCACUCGCUUGCUGUUCUCCAUGACUACAGACAUUUAUUUAUGGCUUUUCAGCAGGAGGGUUCACAGUGGCUUUCAAAGGAAAAAUAAAUAAGAUGCUCUCCUGUCCCUGAAGGGCUCACAAUAAUAAUAAUAAAAAGAUAUGCAAGGUAACACCUGCAUCAGCCAUUGAACUGGCUGCAUAGGGCCAGUUGUUCUCCCCGUGAUCAAUAGAAGAGAUUCACCAUUUUAAAAGGAGCUGUUUUUACUCAGCAGGAGUAGCUGCUAACAGAGUAAAGUUGGUUAGCAAACUGCUAACCUCACCGCAACCACUGGGCCCGCCUAGCUGUGAUCUAGCCCCCUUCAGCUCCUGUGGGGGCGGGAGGCGGAAUGGGUGUCAGGUCUGGGGGCAUUUGGAGCUUGUCUGCAGAGGGCAAUGCUCAGCAUGGGACUCCGCCUAAUGUGGCAGGGAGUGGAUGGCCUGUGCCCAGUUUCCCUCUCGCACUGCUGGGCAAUCACAGACUGCAUGGUGUUGCCUGUACUGAACCUCCUGCAGUCACGUUGAUUGGCUGGCCAAGUAGGGAAGGAGUCUUAGCUUUACAUAGGAACACGGGAAGCUACCAUAUACUGAGUCAGACCAUUGAUCUAUCUAGCUCAGUAUUGUCUACACAGACUGGCAGCAGCUUCUCCAAGGUUGCAGGCAGAAGUCUCUCUCAGCCCUAUCUUGGAGAAGCCAGGAAGGGAAUUUGGAACCUUCUGCUCUUCCCAGAGCGGCUCCAUCCCCUAAGGAGAAUAUCUUAUAGUGCUCACACUUCCAGUCUCCCUUUCAUAUGCAACCAGGGCACACCCUGCUUAGCUAAGGGGACAAGUCAUGCUUGCUGCCACAAGACCAGCUCUCCUCUCCAGGUGAUCUUAACAGGCUCAUGGUGAAGAAGACGUUCUCUUAAAUACCCAGGGCCCAAGCCAUUUAGGGCUUUAUAGGUAACCACCAGCACUUUGUCUUUUGCCCGGAAACGUAUCACCAGCCAGUGUAGUUCUUUCAACACAGGAGUAAUAAGGUCUCUCCUAGAUGACCCAGAGACCAACCUAGCUGCCACAAACUUUUGUUGAAAAGCGAUGUAUAAAUAUUCAUAGUAGUAGCAUCAUGUGGCUCUGCAACCUGCCACUGAAGCAGAGAUACUCCACUCCAGCUUCCCCAUUGGAGGGAUGUUCAGGAAGGGGAAGGAGACAAGAGGAAGAAAAGCUGCUCAUGAGAGCACAGUGUUCUGGGCAAACAAGAUGUUCCAGCUGCUCCCCAGAACUUCAGACACCACAACACAAGCAAAAAAAAAGUCAUUUGGUCCCUCAAAGAGUAUCAUGUCCUCUAUAAAAGUCCCUAGUUGACAACCCUAAUACCAAGUUCUGGACUUACAAAUUGCACAUGACAAAUGUUUUGUUUAGCUGCUUUCUUGUACAGAGCAUAACAUGCUGGUGUGAUCUGAAUAUAUAAACUAAGCCAGCUGAUCGUU